AUGUCUUUGAACAUUAUCAUUAGCCAUUUGCUAUUUACACGAAUCCGCCUCUUGGGACCUGUUGGAGUGUCGCCGGCCGGUCGCCGAACCGACGUCGCCGCCACUGUACACGGUGUCCGGGAAAUCAAAUAUACCCGGAACCAAGUACUUUUCACACCAUCUGACUCGAUUUGCUGUCAGAAGCCCGUUUCUGUUGGUUGCGUAAGAUUGGUCCUCCAUCUGGCCGGAGCAAGCUUGGUUGUUGCUGUGCUGACCGGAACAAACAGAGAGAGGAGGAGAAGAGUUACGCCAUUGGGGAAGUGCUGGAGCCGCCGACUGCGACGGAAUCGACGGAAAACCAGUGGAGGCGCUGCUGCGCCGUUCGCAAACGAAGGGCCGCGGCUUGCCUGGCUACUGCGUUCUCCAGAAACGAGAACCGAAAGAGGAGAGGCGCUACAGAACGAUGGUGGCGCGAUGGAGGAGGAGGUUCGGUCGGCUCAGGUGGCGGGAAACGGAAACGGAAGAGGAAGAGAGAGGCAUGGCGCUGGUGGUGGUGGCGUGCGUGCUGGCGCUGGCCAAGAGAAGAGAAGAAGAGGAGAAGAGAAAAAGAAAGAAAGGUUCCAGAAUUUUCUGAGCUAUUCCAGUUCGACUCAAACCGAGGAAGAAAAAGGCUAUUGGCAAGGAGGUGAAAUUGUAUUUGGUGGUAUGGACACAAAAAGGCUAUUGGCAGGUUGGCUGGUCAUUACCUGUUCAAUGGUUGCGCUUAAUAAAUGUUGCCAAUGUAUCCUUUAAUUAUUUUCUAAUUUUGUUUAAUUAUGCCUUUAUAUAUAUAUAUAGCUUGAAAUGUGUGAUAUUCUUAUUGGUGGCAAACCAACCG